AUGUAUUUUAGUUUUUUUAACAAAACUCUAUCUUUUGUUUAUUGUUAUGUUGUUUGUUUCUUUGUUAUUAAUUCACUAUUUUGUUUGGGCCUCAAAAGUAAUUUACCAUAUGACAACAAUUCAGACCUAUCUAAAAGAAAUUAUAAAGAAAUGAUUAAUCUGGGUUCAUUUAAUGAUAGCAAAUACUCGUCUGGAGAAAUAACACUUGUUAAGUCACAGUUAAAGGCAGAUGUUACAUAUAAACUGGUGUUAGGAAGUCAAAUAACAACAGGAUCAAUUUGGUUCUGCGCAGAUAUCUAUGCCGGAAGCGAAUACAAGUUCACAAACCACAACUACUCAGACCUGAAAAUGAUCCUGAAAACAGACUAUAAACAUCACUUAGCCAAAUAUGGAAUAGUAAAACACAACUUCAAAGUGGAGCCAUUCAAAACACUGGAGGAUCUGACAGCAGUGGACCCGGGAAUGGUAGGAUUCCCGGAAAAACUAUACACAUUCUUAACAGUGUCGAAGGACGUGAAGGUAGGAGAAUACGUGGUACUGUUUGCAUACGGAAGGACCUUUACAGACGACCUCCCACACAAGUUCAAAGAGUUCAAGGUUAAAAUAGUAUAA